GGCUAAUUCAUGAAUUCGGGAGACUGGAGGUUAACCAAACUUUUAUAAAGAACAACGCAAGAACAAUCAUCCAUACCCUCCACAAUUUACAACUCCCAAAGUCUCCUUUGAACUGGCUACCAUUAUAAUCAUGGGCAGAAUAAAAUCAAAACCGAUUGACACCAGCAAGCUUCAACCCAUAAAUGGAGCCACCACAACUUCUUCUGGUAAUUUCGUGCGUCUUGAUGUCGCGGACGAUCGUGUGAUCAGGUGUACUACACAACCUCCACUCCUCACCUUCAAUAAUAGCAGUGUUAUAAGCAGCAUCCACGAAGUUCAUAGAAGAGUUGAACAUACCGAAUGCAUCGAUUUUAGAUCGACAUGGGUCUCACAAUGUUUGCUUCAAGAGGAAGAAGAAUGGAUUGCCAGCCAGUAUGGGCAUGAAGUCGGAAACGGACAACUGAUGAUGAAACGAACGGCUGGAAAGAAUAAAGCUCAUGCACAACAGGGCGAAAUAAUCGGAAAGUACAUGGAACCAAGCGACGCGAUCAAUCCAGACCCCAAGCACGUCACGAAUGCGAUUGCCAAUUUCCCAAAGCAAGUAGAGUCCCCACCAGUUGUUGAUACUAUAAAUCGGCUUGCAGGUCAAAUGGAAGGGAAGAGGAUUAACGGUCGCAUGUCUCUUCCUGAUUAUUGGAGGGAGGAUUCUCAUAACGACACUGUGCCAAGAGGCAGAUCUGGAAGCCUUUCAACGAUCAUUGACGUCGAUGUGGACGAUCUUGAGGUCCGCGAACCAUCCUCCUCGGGAGGAAGUGAACAUUAUAUUGCUCCUUCUCACGGACCGCACGUACAUGCACCACCACCUCGAGUAACCUUAGCGGUAACAACUACAUCGGUCCGCGCUUGCGUCACCUGUUAUGAAAGACACGUUGGGUGUGACAGAAUUUUGCCCAGAUGCUCCGCUUGUGUGACGAGUAAUGCAAACUGCGUCUAUCCCGAUGUAAGUCCCCCGGGUUAAAUCAUCAUGAUUUGACAGCUGAUAUAUUCUUUGAAGGUUACUGUUAAAGUAUCUCCAAAGAAGCAGAAGAAGUGGUAAUAAAACAUGUUUGCAUCCUGAUAGGCAUUAAAGUGGCUUUUAUGUAAAGGAUAUCCGCGGAUAUUAGGGUUGCUUGUAAGAUGUAUGAAUUUUAGAUCAUGGCGGCGAUGUUAAAUUGUACACAGUCUGAAGGAAAAGAGUUGAUGUCACAAGGGGAUAACCGUCAUGACAUGCAGUGCAACGACUACUUUGUGAGCAAAGGAUAUAACCAGCAGCAUGCACAUAUGAUAGCUAACGUUCAAAGUGACUGUUAGCUUUCAUCACACCAUUAGGACACUUAGAUGUCUCCUGUAAUGGAGCCAAAGGAAGACCAUGUAUUAGCUGUUAAGACCCCAAGGGCAAGAGCUUGCCUAUGAACUGGCAUGAAUCUGAAGCGAGUUGGAACCUAGUAAAUGUACCGCUCAUACGACCCCCAAGUUUAGAUAGUGGUAUGAGAUGAAGUCCAGCCUGCUGCUCAUAAAUGUAAUUGAACCUGGAUAGAGUGACAUAUCGAAGUGAGAUGAGGUGAA